AAUAAUUAAUAAAAUUUGCUUCAAUUGAUAAUUCUAAUAUGAAUUCUAACAUGAUUCUGAAUUUAAUUUGAUCGACUUAUUAAUUUAUCGAUUUAAUUUAUUUAUCUAGUUAUUUAUUCAUUUAAUUUAUUAAUUAAUCUAAUAGAUGUACAUAUAUUUAUAUAAGGGACAUUGUAUGUCAGAUCGAGUCUUUAGAUCCAAUUAAUUUUUAUUAAAUUUAUUUUUUUACUAAAAAUUCUGCUAUCUUGUAUGUAUGAGGUUUUAAAAAAUUUGUUACGUAUACUACAAUUUUUAAAUAAAUUUGCUAUAAAAAAUAGAGUUUUUAAUUAAUUAAUAUUUGAAAAAAGAUAAAAAUUAAAGCAAAAUUAAACAAUUUUUAAAAUUUUCUUAAAAAAGAGAUAAAAAAGAUUUUAUCAUGUAAAAAGUCUAAAUCCCGAGUUUUAUUAAGUUGGAGCCACCUCAGCAAAUCCCCUAAUAAGAGUAGGGAAUACAGAGUACAUCAGAGAGUUUUAAAAUUUCGUUUACUGCAUUUUAAAAUUGUUAAUUUUUUACUGUGACAAAUAUUAUAGUAAAUUUUUAGAUUUUGCAUGUCCGAUGAAUAUUAUAAAAUGUGAAUUGAUUUAUGAGUAAAUAAAUAAUGUGUACUAUUAAUAAAAUUGCAUGUAUUUGUGUAUGUAAGCAUAUACAUUUCACACUAAAUGGUGAACUUUUGUGUAUACACUCCAUUUUUAUGUACACAAAAUUAAUUGUCAUUUCAUACUUAAUUGUAAUAUACUUGGAGCAUGUAUUGUAUGUACAAUUUUCUAUUGCAUAAUGUAUUCAAAUGUUCCGUUUUCAAUUCAUUUCAAUUAUUUUGACAAAAAAGUGUAACUACACAGACGCGUAGUUUUAAACGUUGGCAAUAUUUUCAUAAAUAUAUUUUUAAACGUCAAUAAACAUUUCUUGAGGAAAAAAAGUUUUUUUCUUGUCCAAAAUGUUGCAUAAAAUAUUUAAAGUCUUUUUAAUAAUUUUUACAAUACACACAAAUAUACAUAUCUAUAUUCCUUACAUAUUAAGAGCCACUAAUAUGACUUUCAAAAUUUACUAAAUUUUACAAUAUGUAUAAAUACACAUAUAAAUCUACAAUUUCUUACACUCUAAAAACUCUACUACAAUUUAAAUAUAACUGCUUUCUAUGCAUGCAAUGGUGAUUUUGACUACACAGAAUUUUACCCAAAAACUAUUUCUCGACCGAACGCCUAUAUACGCACUGCACUGUUCAAUUUGUUACAAAAGUUGUAAUUAUGACAUCUUUUAAAUCUUCUAUCUUUAAAAUUAUUUGCUUGGCCCUGUUUAUAGCAGCAGUAGGCAAAAUUGAACGAGGCAUGUCAAAAAAAUAUAAGCACUUUCUCAACCUUAAUAUGAAACAAAAGAGAAGACGAUUAGACGCAAGAAAAAAUUAUCCAAACGUCUGUCAGUUCGCAAAUAACGAAUCGGGCAAUAUGUCGUCUGACAAUGAAUCGGUGCAAAUUUCGGCAUCGCAUCGUGCUCCAUCUACAUCUACAGGUGACGCUCUCCGUAAUGACGAAUCGACUACUGACAUUCAUACUUUUGAUACUUCUGAUGGAAAUGAAGAUAUUAAUGAUAGUGAAGGCACAACAGAAGAAGAAAUGCAGGAGCAAGAAAUAAACACUGACGAAACUAAUGAAGAAGACGAAGAAAGCGAGAACAAUGCAGAUGACGAAGGAAGCGAGGACAAUGCAGAUGUUCAUAGUAAUGAAAAUAUGUCAAACUCUUCCGAAAAUAAUAAUAUGCAUCAAAAUCUGAAUGACCUGAAGUUAAAAGCACUGAGACAAUCAUUUUUAUUGACUAAUUUAAACCAUAAGCAAGGCAACAUACUGCUGAACACAUUGCGUGAGUUCCCAUUUAAUCUCACUUUUUUGCCGAAACACACGAGAACGUUACUUAAAACUCCUACUGAUGUGGCCUCGCGGCUCGUUCAAUAUAUCAAUGGAGGAGAAUAUCUUUACUUGGGUUUCAAAAGUACCCUUAUAAAAAAAUUGAAAACCUUUCCCGAAAAUACCUUGCCUGAAACAAUACAAAUUGAUUUUAACACAGACGGCGCUCAAAUUCAUAAGAGUGGCACGAACCAAUUUUGGUCUUUUCAAUAUCGGAUUUAUAAUUGUAUUGAUAAAAGACCAAUUGUAGCGGAUGUCUUUAAAGGAACACAAAAACCAUCAAAUUGUUUUCAAUUUUUUGAAUAUUUUGUUCAAGAACUCGUAGAAAUUCGUGAAGAAAGUGGUAUCCUCAUAAACGAUCGGUGGUAUCCAAUUCAAAUUCGAUGCUUUAUUGCAGAUGCACCAGCGAGAGCUUUUGCAUUAAAUCACUAUGGGCAUAUAUCAUCUAACGCAUGUUCGAAAUGCAAAAUUGAAGGACGUCGUUCUGCAGUGACGUCAUUAUUUCGGGAAACGACGAUUUUUCCCGGGACUUGUCACCCGCUAAGAAUGAUGAAGAAUAUAGCGAAAUGGUGGAUGAAGAUCAUCACAAAGGGCCAAGUCCCUUAAAUCAAGUAUUAGGACUAGUAACACAACAAAGAAAUUUAAACGUUGUUCCCGAACCAAUGAAGCACACAGGUGAUUACAGUCGAUCUAUUGAUAGUUUUAUAAAGGAAAUAUCGGAAAAUAUGCAUUCUAUUCGUAAUCACGCACUCGAUGCAACA